CUACAAGGCCGCAAGAUGGCAGGCGUGCGUGCUAAAUAAAUAAAAAACACUUUGCUCGGAACUUUGGUCAGCCAAUUUUCGGCUUCUUGGGAUCGAAUUCGGCCCAAAAUGCCUCGUCCCAAGCGCACGUUGGCCCGAAAGAGCACCUACAAGAUGGAAUCAGAGUCUUCAUCAGACAGCGACUUUGAUGAAGAUCCAGACAAGAUUGAAGUUCCAGGAGGCGGCAAAGACCUAGAGGCCCUGAAAACAGAAGUGCCCCCAGAAGGCGAUGGUGGAUCAGCAAGUACCAAGUUAGGCUUGGUGACUAAAGACCAUGCUGCAGGAGCAUAUGAGAUGCUAAAGAUGCCGCCAGGACCAGGCGGCGCUUUACCCAUGGCACCACAAAUGCCCUUUGGUGGUCAAAUAAAUCCGCAAAGCCUCUUUGGCCCACAAAGCAUGUUCGGAGGUCUCAACCCAGCUCAGUUGUUUCCCAUGGAGUUUGCCUCGCUAGGUCAAUCACUGUUUAACCCAUUCUUGAUGGCCUCCGCGUCAAAUUUGCCUAAUGGCUCAGUGAUGCAGCAGCUCAUGAAUAUGGGUGGCUGGGGGGCCCUGGGACCAAAGGCCUGGCCAAAACAGGAGCUCAAGGAGCCCCUGGACGAAGAGGAAGCUGCCGAGGAGGAAGAAGAAAUGGGUGUUGCUGAAACCUACGCAGAUUACAUGCCAACCAAAUUGAAAGUAGGAAAAAAGCACCCAGAUCCUGUAGUCGAGACAGCAUCUUUGUCAUCAGUAGCACCUACUGAUGUAUGGUACGAGUUGCAACUCCCUGAUGAAACCAUCAGGACAGGGUCUCUUUCGGCUCUGCAGCUAGAGGCCAUUGUUUAUUCCUCUCAACAGCAUUCUCACUUUCUGCCCGAUGGUUCAAGGGCAGGUUUCCUAAUUGGUGAUGGUGCUGGAGUUGGUAAGGGAAGAACUAUCGCUGGAAUCAUCUUUGAAAAUUAUCUUCGAGGAAGAAAGAAAGCCCUCUGGAUCUCAGUUUCCAACGAUCUAAAGUACGACUCCGAGCGAGAUUUGCGUGACAUUGGUGCAUCUAAGAUUGAUGUUUAUGCACUCAACAAACUCAAAUAUGCCAAGAUCUCUUCGCCAGUAAAUAACAACGUCAAAAAGGGUGUUAUUUUUUCCACUUAUUCUGCGCUAAUUGGUGAAUCCAACCAGACAGGUGGGAAAUACAAAUCUCGUCUGAAACAACUUAUUCAGUGGUGUGGCGAGGAUUUUGAUGGAUGCAUCAUUUUUGAUGAAUGUCAUCGUGCCAAAAACCUUUGUCCUGUAGGCUCUUCCAAGCCCACCAAAACAGGCUUGACGGUACUCGAGAUACAGAAGCGCCUGCCAAAGGCCCGAGUUGUCUAUGCAUCAGCCACAGGAGCAUCGGAGCCCCGCAACAUGGCAUACAUGGUACGCCUGGGCAUGUGGGGUGAAGGCAGUCCGUUCAGAGAGUUCAACGACUUCAUAAAUGCUGUGGAAAAGAGAGGCGUUGGUGCAAUGGAAAUAGUUGCCAUGGACAUGAAGCUCAGAGGCAUGUACAUAGCACGUCAGCUCUCCUUCCACGGUGUCACAUUCAAGGUCGAUGAAGUCAAACUGACUGACGAGCUCAUGCAGGUGUAUGACCAGUCGGUGAAACUUUGGGUUGAAGCAAUGCGAAAGUUCCAAGACGCUGCUGAACUGGUGGACGCAGAGCAGCGAAUGAAGAAGACAAUGUGGGGUCAGUUCUGGUCUUCCCAUCAGCGCUUCUUCAAGUAUCUCUGUAUUGCUGCCAAGGUGAAGCAUGCUGUUCAGAUUGCCAGAGAGGCCGUCAAGUACGGAAAAUGUGUAGUUAUCGGAUUACAAAGUACAGGAGAAGCAAGAACCCUUGAGCAGUUGGAUAAAGAUGAUGGAGAACUCUCUGAUUUUGUUUCCACUGCAAAGGGUGUGAUGCAGACAUUAGUUGAGAAACAUUUCCCAGCUCCGGACAGGAAUAGGAUACAGCGCCUGCUUGGAAUAGAGGCCCCGCCUAAGGAAGCAAAUGGCGGGGGUGCAACAGUUGAAGACCCUGAUGACCUACAGGCUGGUUCCAGCUCUGGCAACAAACGCAAGCCACUCCGCCGAGCUGCCGCUAAAGCUAACAAGAGAGUUCGCAUGGAUUCUGAUUCUGGCAGUGACGUACGCAGCAGUGGCUCUGAGUUCCAAAUGACAUCUUCUGAGAAUUCAGAGAGCGAAGAGCACUCUGAAGAAGAAUCUAACUCUGACGAUUUCAAUCCAUUUGACGAAGAUAGUGACUCUGACGCUGAUCCCUGGGUCAAGAAGCGCAAAGCCGUGAAGCCCAAGGACAAAGUGGCCAAACAUCUUGCAUCCAAAGUGAAGGCAGCUCAGUCUGCUGCAGCUGCUAACCCAUCAGCAACCCAGGCCAAGCCAUGGGCACCGCCAAGAGAUGCCAUAGAGCGUGCAUGUGCUAUGAAAGAUGAGCUGCUGGCGGCUAUUGAGCGUCUUGGAGAAAAACUGCCCCCCAACACACUUGACCAGCUCAUUGACGAGUUAGGAGGACCAGAAAACGUGGCUGAGAUGACGGGUCGUAAAGGCCGAGUUGUUCAAAAUGAGGACGGCACCAUUCAGUAUGAGUCAAGGUCAGAGGCUGAUGUGCCUCUGGAGACGCUCAAUUUAACAGAGAAACAGCGUUUUAUGGAUGGCGAAAAAGAUGUGGCCAUUAUCUCUGAGGCAGCCAGCAGUGGUAUUUCCCUUCAGAGCGACAGACGCGCAAAGAAUCAAAGGCGUCGAGUUCACAUUACACUUGAGCUGCCCUGGAGUGCUGACCGCGCAAUCCAGCAGUUUGGACGAACCCACCGCAGUAACCAGGUCAACGCACCUGAGUAUGUGUUCCUGAUCUCUGAUCUUGCCGGUGAGCGGCGCUUUGCGUCAAUUGUGGCCAAACGUUUGGAGAGUCUUGGCGCCCUGACUCACGGUGAUCGUCGAGCCACCGAGUCCCGAGAUCUGUCCCGCUUCAACAUUGACAACAAGUACGGCCGGACAGCCCUGGAGGCUACCAUGAAGGCUAUCAUGGGCUAUGAAGCCCCACUGGUACCGCCUCCAUCAGACUACAAUGGUGAUUUCUUCAAAGACGUUGCCGACGCUCUGGUCGGCGUGGGCCUGAUCACAGGCUCAGACGCCACUCCAGGCAUGCUGGCGCUGGACAAGGACUACAACAACAUGAGCAAGUUCCUCAACCGCAUCCUCGGAAUGCCCGUCGAGCUUCAGAACCGUCUGUUCCAGUACUUCACAGACACACUUGCUGCCAUUGUCCAGCAGGCCAAGAAAACCGGCCGUUACGAUCUUGGCAUUUUGGACUUGGGCGCUGGAGGAGAGCACGUCAAACGUGUCCGAGUUGUCACCUUCCUUAGGCCGCAUGCUACCGGAAAGGCUGUCACCGAGCUUCACACAGUCUCCGUCGAGCGUGGCAUGUCUUGGGAGGAAGUGCAGGAAAAAGCUGCGCUGCUCAUUCAUAAGGACGAAGGGUUUUACCUGAGCCAUCAGGUACGCAAUGACAAACACACUGCCAUCUUAGCCAUUGCAGACCAGGCUAAACAAAAAGAUAAGAAAGACAAAAAGGAUAGUCUUUUCACAAUUUACCGACCUAAUACGGGCCUGCAGCUGCGCCAAGAAUCAAGGGGCGAGCUGCUGAAGAAGUACAAGAAGGCUUCUCCUGAAGAGGCAGAAGAAUCAUGGAAGCAGCAGUACCAAGCGUCGGAGAAAAUCUGUUCCCACGCAUAUUGGCGAGGCAACUGUCGCACUGCCGUAAUUGGAGGAGAGUGCGAGGUUGGCCUCCGAAGGCGCACAUACCACGUGCUUUCGGGAUCUGUACUGGCUGUUUGGAGUCGGGUUGAGGGCGUGCUCACCAACAGGGCAAACGCCAAAAUGCAGGUCAUCCGCCUGCGCACUGCCGAGGGACUCAAAAUUGUCGGAACGUUGAUUCCAACAUCGUGCUACGAGCUAUUGAAAGAAUCGCUGUCUUCAGACUCGGAGAAGACCGAGGAGCAGACUUUCUAGAGGUGACGCCUCACGGACUGUGAUUUUCAGUUUAAAAGCCCUAGUUCUAGUUUUCUCAGUUGGUUUCUGCUCCACGAACACUCACUUGUGCAUUCUCAUUUUCAUUCCUUUUGUAAGAGCCACUGAUGCGUUAAGAAAGAGCGAUCAAAUUAAUUAACAAUUCAUUUUGCUUCAGUCACAAAUAAAUUAUUCAUUUGGACAUUGAUAGACCAAAAAUCUCUUUUUCUUGAAAUUUGGCUCAUCUUACCUUAAUUUUCCUAUCAGUAUAACCCAAGGUAAGAGUGAUUUUGGAAGAAAUGGUUAUUAAAAUUUUGAUGAGAGAGUCUCGACUUUUGAACUUUGGAACACAAUGAAUAA